AUGUCCUAUUCCGACUCUGCCGCCGCCCGCCGUGAUCCGCCGUCCUCGGGCAAGAAGCACUAUCGAGCCAAGUCCAUCUCUCGCUCCUCGGUCGACCUCGACAACUCAGAGACGGGCGCUCUGCUCUUGGCACCCAACGGCCUCACCUCCGAAGCCGACGAUCACCUCGGCUAUCCCCCACACUCGGCCUCAGCCGGUCCGGCAGGCGCCCCAUCGCGCUCGUGCUCACCGAGAAGGAUGCCGCUCGGAUCAAGGCGUCUCGCGCUCAUCCUCUGUGGCUUUGUGGGAUUGUUGGUUCUUUUCGGCAGGCGCGACUCACGCGACGCCGUCGUCGGUUACGCCAAGGACAAGGCUGGCCAGGUCGGGUCAGCUUACCAACAUGCGCCCUGGAAGGCGCAACCGACCCAGGACAGCAAUAAUGCCGUUGGCUUCCCUGUAGCGCCAACGCCAGCAUCGACUCCCGCAGCUGCUCCCGUGUCGGGCACCGAGGCCGACACCGUGCGCCAGAAGCCCGCUCUCCACCCAGAUCCUUCCAAGACCACCCGAUGUGACGGCACAGGGCCAAGGCCAGUCGAUCACAAGGGCCGCCCCAGACCAUUGGUCCAGUAUGCCCUCAUGAUCGACGCCGGUAGCACAGGCAGCCGCAUUCACGUCUAUCGCUUCAACUACUGCUCCGAAUCGCCAGAGCUCGAGGACGAGUACUUUGAGAUGCUCAAAGGCGGCUUGAGCAAUUACGGCACCAACCCAGCAGCUGCCGCCGACUCUCUGCGACCGCUGCUCAAGUCGGCGCUCCAGCGCGUCCCCGCCAACCUGCGCAAAUGCACCCCCGUGGCGGUCAAGGCCACUGCAGGCUUGCGUCUCCUUCCCGGCAAGCAAGCCGAGGACGUGCUCAAGGCGGUUCGACACAUGCUCGAGUUCGAAUACCCCUUCCCCAUCGCCGACGGUCGUAACGCCGACGGCACCAAAGCCUCGAAGGGUGUCGAGAUCAUGGACGGCAAGGACGAGGGCGUCUUCGCAUGGAUCACGGUCAACUAUCUGCUCAACCGCAUCGGCUCGUCGUCCGCCGACAAGUUGGAGACUGCGGCGGUCAUGGACCUUGGCGGCGGCUCGACACAGAUCGUGUUUGAGCCCAGCUUCACCUCGGCGCUGCAAGGGAUGCAGCCCGGCGAGCAUGUGUACCAGCUCAACGCGUUUGGCACCAAGCCGUACACGCUCUACCAGAACUCGUACCUUGGGUACGGUCUGAUGCAGGCGCGCAUGUCGAUCAAUUCGCUCGCCGCGUUCACGUACAGCCUGGCGCAUCCGAACGCCGUGCUCACCGGCUCGGCGCACGACGGUGCACAGGGUGCGUUCGAGUGGUCGACGCUCAAGCCUGACAACACGCGCAUCCCUUCGCCGUGCUUCACCAAUGGCCGCACCAAGGCGGUGCUCAUCUCGCAGCCGGGGCAGCGCACGCAGGCCAACGUGACCAUGGUCGGUACAGACGGCGGUUUUGCCGCAUGUCGUCGGCUCGUCGAGGUGAUGAUGGACAAAGAUGCCGUGUGCUCCUCCAAGCCAUGCUCGUUUGCGGGCGUCUACCAGCCGUCGAUGAUGGAGACCUUCAAGACCGCGCCGAUCAUCGCGCUCUCGUACUUCUACGACCGUCUGGAACCGCUGGGGCUCGCGCCCAAGUUCAAGAUCGGCGAACUCGAGGCCGUGGCGCAGCGCGCGUGUGCGUAUACGCGCACCAGCACGCAGGGCUUCGGUGCUCGCGCGAUCGAAGAGCUCGAGGACCGACCCGAGACGUGCCUCGACCUCAGCUUCAUGCACGGCCUCCUCAGCCUCGGCUACGAGCUCGAGCAGAGCCGCGAGAUCAGCGUCGCCAAGAAACUCGGCGGCACCGAAUUAGGCUGGUGCCUCGGCGCCCAGCUCGCCGUCCUCGACGAAGACGGCCUCAUCUGCAAGGCCUAG